GUUGAUUUUCUCUCUUAAUUCCAAUUGAUUUAAUUUUAAUUUUCUUUUAAUUUUCACUCUCACAAAUGGGAUUAAAUUUUUUCUAAACUGUUAAUCCAUCAGCUAAUCCAACAAGUGUCCGAUUUUUAUGCUAAUCAUUGAAACGCUUUUACCGGUUAACCGGUAACCAUGUUUACCUAAUGUGUUUACCUAUUUUCUUGAUUGUGUUAAUUAAUUGCGAUUUAUUUUGACGCAAUUAAUUUGCUGUUUUCUAAUUGACUAAUAUUAAUUAUUGUUUUUUUUUCUAUUUUUUCUUUGAGUGUGACAAUUAUGCCUGAUUACACUGAAUCUUGUCGGGCCUGUACAAGCUUCAAAUCCUUCAUGAAAGCUCAUCAGGCUUCAGUUAAUGAUUCAGAAUCAAAGAAAUCAGAUUCUAAUUCUGGUGGCAAAUCUAAAAGCCAUGGAAAAGACAAUUCAAUGGAUCAUGUUGAUUGUCCUGUUGAUAAAGAUGAUCUUGGUCGGGCCAGUUGGACGUUUUUACACACAAUGGCUGCUUAUUAUCCCGAUAAACCAACUGAUUGUCAAAGAUCAGAGAUGAAACAAUUUAUUAAUUUAUUUUCUAAAUUUUAUCCAUGCAGUCAUUGUGCUAAAGAUAUGAGAGAUGAUAUUAAACUCGAUCCACCGGUGGUCGAUUCUAGGAAAUCCUUUUCUCUUUGGAUGUGUAAUCUUCACAAUAAAGUGAAUAAGAAAUUAAGUAAACCAUUAUUUGAUUGUUCCAACGUUGAUGAGAGAUGGUUAACUGGUCCACCCAAUGGAAAAUGUGAUUAAAUUAACCUGAUGAAAUCUAUUAGUUGAGUAGAUAGUUGAGAUUCUGUUUUCAUCAAAUGUUUCUUUUAAUUGUCUAAAAUUAAAAUUGAAUAAUCCAUUAAUCUAGUAAAUAUCAUAAUGUUUACAAUUCUUACAAUAAUACUUGUAAUAAAGUUCUAUGACAUAAUGACCUGGGA